AUGGCGGUGCCAAGUGUAGCUCCGCAGGAAGCUUACGAGCUCAUCACGCGGGAUCUGGGAGAGGUGAUCGGCGCGGACAUAAUCAAGGGCGUUCUGGAAAAAAAGGAGAGACCACUCAAGGCUUACUGGGGCUCUGCGCCCACUGGCAGACCUCAUGUGGGCUAUCUCGUGCCUCUGAGUAAGAUUGCGGACUUUUUGAGGGCAGGCGUCGAAGUCAAGGUGCUUCUGGCCGGUGAGUAGUGUGCGCAGUUCGUCGCUCACAUCACAUGAACUUCAGAGGGCCGCUGGCUGAGCUCGAUGCCCAUCCCCCGAUCUGAUGCCUCCCUGCCUAGAUAUGCACGCAUUCUUGGACAAUCUCAAGGCUCCUAUCGAGCUUGUGCGUCAUCGUGUGGAGUACUACAGGCACGUCCUGAUCGCCGUGUUUAAGGCUAUCGGCGUGCCCGUGGAAAGACUUGUCUUCGUCGUAGGCUCCAGCUAUCAGCUCACUGCAGAGUACAACAUGGACGCGUACAGGCUGGCAGCUUCCACUACCGAACAUGAUGCGAAAAAAGCGGGCGCUGAAGUUGUGAAGCAGGUCACUUCUCCUCUUUUGUCUGGUCUGCUCUACCCUGGUUUGCAAGCUCUGGACGAGCAGUACCUCGGUGUAGACUUUCAAUUUGGUGGUAUCGAUCAGGUCAGUAACGCGCAAUGUUGGACGCAGCGCAUCAGGCAAUCUGACACCGUCAUCCAUCUACCCAGCGCAAAAUCUUCAUGUUCGCAGAGGCUGUCUUGCCUAAGCUUGGCUACGCUAAGCGGGCUCACCUAAUGAACACGAUGGUGCCGGGCCUCAAAGGAUCAAAGAUGUCAUCAUCUGAUCCGAGCUCCAAGAUUGAUCUUCUGGACGAGCCUGCGGUGGUCAAAAAGAAGAUCAAGGACGCAUAUUGUCUGGAAGGCGAGGUUGAAGAGAAUGGUGUCCUCGCAUUCGCCAAGGCUGUCCUUCUGCCCAUUGCCAGAUUAAGGUCCGAGAGUGGUCUCUCAAGGCCAAAGUGCAUACCUGCCGACGCUCCAGAGGGAACCGUCUUCAGCGUCAUCAGGGAUGAGAAGUACGGAGGCAUCAAACACUACAGCAACUAUGCCGAACUCGAAGAGUCCUUCGUCAAGAAGGACCUUCACCCAAGCGAUCUCAAGAAGGGAGUGUCGGAUGCUCUGGUCGAGCUACUGGAGCCCAUCCAAGCGGAAUUCCGAGACAAUGUGGACUUCCAAAAGGCCGAAGCGCUAGCAUACCCCAAAGAGCCAGAAAUCACCAAAAAGAAGAAGGAAAAGAAGAGUGAGUAGAGGGAGGCGUGCUGUAUGCAUCAUCGUUUGCAAAUAUCCUGACACGAAUGUUUCUCCUCGACCAGUCAAUCCGAGGAACCCGAAGACCGCCCAUCUAGUCCCUGUGUCAGAAGGUGGUACUGGUCCAGAGGCCGACGGCACGCAGCUGCCGGUGCCUGCCGACAGGCUGCAAGCCCUCGGCCAGAGCACCGAAGGCGACGCUGUGGCGGACGGAUUGGCCCAGCUCUCCGUUGAAGAAGGACCGGGAGCGAACUAG